AUUUAAUUGAAAUUAAUAUCAUAUGGGCCUGUGGGCCCACAAAAAACUAGAGAAACGGUCACAACCCCCGAUAAAGCUUCGCCGUCCCACAUUGAUAACGGCCAAACGGUCGUUUCUUAUCUCCACCCUCGUCUUCUUCCCCUCCCAACAGUUACUUGUUUCUCCGACAUCCCAUCGCCGGAAUUUCUCCAAUCGACAAUGCUGGGCGCCGACAAUCAGGGCUCCUUCCUCAACCGCUUCAGCAUCCGCCGGAAUCAAUUCUCUCCCUCCGAUUCCGUCCACGACCAGGAACUCGAGGACCUGGAGCUCCUCCAGAGACACGUCGCUGAUGGAUUCUCCGACCUCCUCUCCUCCCUCAAUUACCACGACACUUCUUCCACCGCCGCCGCCGCCGAGACUCCGGCGGACGCAGAGGACACAUCCGGCCACCCUCCGCCGCCUCCGCCGCCGCCGUUCCUCUCCAUCGCCUGGUUCCGGCGACUCCUCGACGUGUUCCUAUGCUGCGAGGCCGAGUACAAGGCGAUCCUCCUCUCCGGCCGCGACCCGACGCAGUUCUCGAAGCCGCCGCUGGACCGCCUGAUCCCGGACCUUCUAGAACGUUCCGUGAAGGCCCUCGACAUCUGCAACGCCAUCAACCACGGCGUCGACCUGAUCCAGCACUGGCAGAAGCUGGCGCAGAUCGCCGUCGCGGCGCUGCGCCAAGCUCCGCUCGGCGACGGCCAGGUCCGCCGCGCCCGGAAAGCUCUGACGACGCUGCUGUCAUCAAUGGCGUUCGACGACAAGGAGAACACCAGCAGCAACUUCCACGUCCGGUGGACGGAGCGCACCCGCUCCUUCGGCCGCCGCGUCGGAAUCACCAAAGACCGCGCUCCGGCAAACUUCCGGUCGCUGUCGUGGUCCGUCGCCAAAUCCUGGUCGGCGGCGAAGCAGAUCCAGACCAUGUCGUCCAAUCUCGCGGCGCCACGUGGCAACGAGGCGACCGGUCCGGCGAUGCCGGUCUACAUCAUGAACACGAUUCUCGUUUUCGUGAUGUGGGCCAUUGUUGCGGCGAUUCCCUGCCAGGAGCGGAACGGGCUGUCGGCCCAUUUACAGGUCCCUCGGAAUUUGGGCUGGGCCCAGCCCAUAAUCGGGCUGCAGGAGAAGAUCGGCGAUGACUGGAAGAAGAAGGAGAAGAAAGGGACUUCGGGCCUACUGGAGGAGCUGCAGAGGAUGGAGAAAUUGGCCCAUUCUCUGGUGGAAUUUGCGGACGGGUUCGUGUUUCCGGCGGAGGAGGAGAAGGCGACGGAGGUGGAGGCGAUGACGGCGGAGAUGGCGGAGGUCUGCCGGAGGAUGGAGGAGGGGCUGGGACCCCUGCAGCAGCAGGUGAGGGAAGUGUUCCAUAGGAUAGUGAGGAGCAGAGCAGAGAUUCUUGAAGUUGUCGAUCAAGUUAGCAAAAUGUCCACGCCAGUUCCAUAUUAAUAUUAAUAUUAAUAUAAUAUAAUAUAAUAUAUAGGUCAUACUUAGAAAUUAGAAUGAUUUAAUUUAGUACAAAAUUUUGGGUGAUGGGAGUUUUAGUUUGA